AUGCACGCGUCUUGUUUGGGAAGACGCUUCAGCGGGUGGGUGGGAGGUAGUUCAACUGUUUUUUGUUUUAUUUUGUCUCGUAUGUCAGGUUCGGUCUUCCGCUUACAUAUAAAAGCCUACACUGAUUUCCUCUUUUUCCAAAGGAUGACUCAACAACCUAAAAAAACAUUUGUGCCUUUCUGUCUUCACUUCCAGAUAUGACCUCACUUAUUAAUCUUGGGUGGCGAUUUCAAUUGCUGACUUAAUCCUACUUUGGAUCGUUCUUCCAACAAAAUUAGCACACCUGCUAAGGUUAUCAAAACUUUUCUUGAAGAGUUUGCCAUUACAGACCCCUGCCGUUUUUUCAAUCCAACUAGUAGGGAAUAUUCAUUUUUCUCCCAUGUCCAUCACACGUAUACCCGCAUUGACUACUUCUUAGACAACAGACUUAUUUCCUCUGUACGCUCAUGCUCAUACAAUUCCAUUGUCAUAUAUGAUCACGCCCCUCUGACUUUAGAGCUAUCAGUUGGUGGUGGGACUGAGCCUCAUGUACCUUGACGUUUUAAUACGCGCUUGCUGUCUGAUGAAAGUUGUCAACUUUCUGACUGCUCAGAUUUAUGUUUUUAUAGCUACUAACGACACCCUCGACGUUUCAGCAUCUGUUCUGUGGGAGACUUUUAAGGCCUACAUUAGAGGUCAAAUCCUUUCAUACACUCGUUUUGAAAGAAAAAAUAGGAAAAAAAGACUCUCUGAACUGACAAUUUGUGUUUUACAGUUAGACAGUACUUACACUACCUCACCAUCCCCAAAUGUGUACAGGGAUCGACUCUCUUUACAAGCUGAAUUCAAUACCUUGUCAACAGACCAAAUUGAGAAACUGCUGCUUAAGUUCAUGACAUACUCACUAUGAGUAUGGUGACAAGGCAAGUCAAUUGUUUUCUCAUCAACUUUGCCAGUCUUCCUCUGCUCUACAGAUUUCUCAAAUUCAAACACCUACAGGUGCAACAAUAGAUCCCCAGCUAAUAAAUAACCAGUUUAAGGACUUCUAUGCCUGUUUAUACACUAGAAUAGCAGGAAAUUAGCUUUAAAACUGCAAAGAUUUUGCUCAGCUCCAUGGGGAAAUUUGUAGAAUUGCAGGAAAUUGACUUAUAAAUUCUAAAAUGUCUCUACAUCGCCAAGAUGGCGGCCUCUAAAAUUCAGCUGUGCCGACAGCGCCCACUGCAAACUCAAUAUCACAUCACUUUUGAACACUAUUGAACAAUAAAUAGCCUAUUACCUUGUCGACAAGUUAACAAAUGAUAUGUUGUAUUCAUGUCUCCAAAAGUUAAAGAAUGGGAUUAAGCCAGUGGCUCAAAUGGAACUAUCCAAGUAGUAUAUACUCCUCUUUUAAAUGUUGAUAUUUGGUUGCAUUGUUCAAUAAAGACUAUAUAUACAAAAGUAUGUGGACACCCCUUCAAAUUUGUGGAUUUGGCUAUUUCAGCCACACCCGUUGCUGACAGGUAUAUAAAAUCGAGCACACAGCCAUGCAAUCUCCAUAGUCAAACAUUGGCAGUAGAAUGGCCUUACUGAAGAGCUCAGUGACUUUCAAUGUGGCACCGUCAUAGGAUGCCACCUUUCCAACAAGGCAGUUCGUCAAAUGUCUGCCCUGCUAGAGCUGCCCCGGUCAACUGUAAGUGCUGUUAUUGUGAAGUGGAAAUGUCUAAGAGCAACAAUGGCUCAGCCGCGAAGUGGUAGGCCACAUAAGCUCACAGAACGGGUAGAAAUCGUCUGUCCUCGGUUGCAACACUCACUAUCGAGUUCCAAACUGCCUCUGGAAGCAACAUCAGCACAAGAACUGUUCGUUGGGAACUUCAUGAAAUGGGUUUCCAUGGCCGAGCAGCCACACACAACCCUAAGAUCACCAUGCGCAAUGCCAAGGGUCGGCUGGAGUGGUGUAAAGCUCGUCGCCAUUGGUCUCUGGAGCAGUGGAAACACGUCCUGUGGAGUGAUGAAUCACGCUUCACCAUUGAAUCUGGGUUUGGCGUAUGCCAGGAGAACACUAACUGCCCGAAUGCAUAUUGCCAACUGUAAAGUUUGAUGGAGAAGGAAUAAUGGUCUGGGGCUGUUUUCGUGUUUCAGGCUAGGCCCCUUAGUUCCAGUGAAGCAUAUAAUUACAUUCUAGACAAUUCUGUGCUUCCAACAUUGUGGCAACAGUUUGGGGAAGGCCCUUUCCUGUUUCAGCAUGACAAUGCACCCGUGCACAAAGCGAGGUCCAUACAGAAAUGGUUUGAGAUCGGUGUGGAAGAGCUUGACUGGUCUGCACAGAGCCCUGACCUCAACCCCAUUGAACACCUUUGGGAUGAAUUGGAAAGCCGAUUGCGAGCCAGGCCUAAUCGCCCAACAUCAGUGCCCGACCUCACUAAUGCUCUUGUGGCUGAAUGAAAGCAAGUCCCCACAGCAAUGUUCCAACAUCUAGUAGAAAGCCUUCCCAGAAGAGUGGAGGCUGUUAUAGCAGCAAAGGGGGGAUCAACUCAAGAGAUGUUCGACGAGCAGGUGUCCACAUACUUUUUGGAAGGUAGUGUAACUUUUGUAAUAUACACUGCUCAAAAAAUUAAAGGGAACACUUAAACAACACAUCCUAGAUCUGAAUGAAUGAAAUAAUCUUAUUAAAUACUUUUUUCUUUACAUAGUUGAAUGUGCUGACAACAAAAUCACACAAAAAUGAUCAAUGGAAAUCAAAUUUAUCAACCCAUGGAGGUCUGGAUUUGGAGUCACCCUCAAAAUUAAAGUGGAAAACCACACUACAGGCUGAUCCAACUUUGAUGUAAUGUCCUUAAAACAAGUCAAAAUGAGGCUCAGUAGUGUGUGUGACCUCCACGUGCCUGUAUGACCUCCCUACAACGCCUGGGCAUGCUCCUGAUGAGGUGGCGGAUGGUCUCCUGAGGGAUCUCCUCCCAGACCUGGACUAAAGCAUCCGCCAACGUGGCGUUGGUGGAUGGAGCAAGACAUGAUAUCCCAGAUGUGCUCAAUUGGAUUCAGGUCUGGGGAACGGGCGGGCCAGUCCAUAGCAUCAAUGCCUUCCUCUUGCAGGAACUGCUGACACAGUCCAGCCACAUGAGGUCUAGCAUUGUCUUGCAUUAGGAGGAACCCAGGGCCAACCGCACCAGCAUAUGGUCUCACAAGGGGUCUGAGGAUCUCAUCUCGGUACCUAAUGGCUGUCAGGCUACCUCUGGCGAGCACAUGGAGGGCUGUGCGGCCCCCCAAAGAAAUGCCACCCCACACCAUGACUGACCCACCGCCAAACCGGUCAUGCUGGAGGAUGUUGCAGGCAGCAGAACGUUCUCCACGGCGUCUCCAGACUCUGUCACGUCUGUCACAUGUGCUCAGUGUGAACCUGCUUUCAUCUGUGAAGAGCACAGGGCGCCAGUGGCGAAUUUGCCAAUCUUGGUGUUCUCUGGCAAAUGCCAAACGUCCUGCACGGUGUUGGGCUGUAAGCACAACCCCCACCUGUGGACGUCGGGCCCUCAUACCACCCUCAUGGAGUCUGUUUCUGACCGUUUGAGCAGACACAUGCACAUUUGUGGCCUGCUGGAGGUCAUUUUGCAGGGCUCUGGCAGUGCUCCUCCUGCUCUUCCUUGCACAAAGGCGGAGGUAGCGGUCCUGCUGCUGGGUUAUUGCCCUCCUACGGCCUCCUCCACGUCUCCUGAUGUACUGGCCUGUCUCCUGGUAGCGCCUCCAUGCUCUGGACACUACACUGACAGACACAGCAAACCUUCUUGCCACAGCUCGCAUUGAUGUGCCAUCCUGGAUGAGCUGCACUACCUGAGCCACUUGUGUGGAUUGUAGACUCCGUCUCAUGCUACCACUAGAGUGAAAGCACCGCCAGCAUUCAAAAGUGACCAAAACAUCAGCCAGGAAGCAUAGGAACUGAGAAGUGGUCUGUGGUCACCACCUGCAGAACCACUUCUUUAUUGGGGGUGUCUUGCUAAUUGCCUAUAAUUUCCACCUGUUGUCUAUUCCAUUUGCACAACAGCAUGUGAAAUGUAUUGUCAAUCAGUGUUGCUUCCUAAGUGGACAGUUUGAUUUCACAGAAGUGUGAUUGACUUGGAGUUACAUUGUGUUGUUGAAGUGUUCCCUUUAUUUUUUUGAGCAGUGUAGUAAAAAGCCUAAAGUUAAGGCUAUUUUACAAACUAAUGUAACAUUCAACCUUAAAAUGAGAAACACAUCCAUUGGCACAUUUUGAGGCUACUGUAACAAUAAAUGCCUUCUUAUGUAAUCAUACAAAGCGUGCAUGUUCAAGAUAGCAUGCAUAGGUCGACGCAGGAGAUCUUCACAAUUGUUGUAAUAAUCUGUGCAGACUGUCGAACGGCAUUGAUCACUUGCACCAUGUACUUUCAAUGUAAUCUCACCUGCAACUCAAUAUUAGGAAGGUGUUCGUAAUGUUUGUACACUCAGUGUAGGUUGUAAUCUCAUUGAUCAACGUCUCAACCAAAUAUUACCCCAUUAUCCACAUUAAAAUGACGUGGUGUGCCCAGUUCGGUUGGUCGCAAAAUUGUAUUUAGUAGUUGCGAGAUUUUUUGCAAUUGUUUGGUGUUUCUUUUAACAACAGUGUUGUGUAUAGAAGGUGUCAGAGUAUCACAAGGCCUAAUUGUCACAUGAGGAACUGUUGCCUCCAAUAGCUGACUGCCACUGUGUCCCCAGGAUUGAACAUGACAACACAGGUGGCAUGAAUGCCAGCUGGUUCCUGUACUGGGUCGUGGUCACCGACAUGAACCGUCCGCACAUAAGGUUCUACUUCGCAUGCAACAACUGGCUGAGCCGAGAGGAGGGGGACAGCCUGCAUGUCAGAGGGCAGCCUCAACCCCAUGGAUGUCCCCAAAUGUAG